AUGAAACAUUGUCUACUUCUGUUAAUACUUCUGGGAUAUAUUGUAUCAGUGCUAGCUGGUUAUACGUCUAUCCCAGUCUCAUCUAAAAUUGCUUCUUUACCCCCCAAUAUUAAAUUAUUACAAGUUAUUAAGUCAAUCGGACUUAUAUCCAUUGAAACUUUUCAAGAAAUUUAUGGUAUUCUCACUGAUAUUGAAAAUGAAAGAGAAGACAGCGCUUUUGACUUUAAAAUUAAAUAUAACACUGUUUUGCAAUUUUUAAACAACACACACCCUACUAUUGUUCCAUUAGUUGAGUUGAACUAUAAGUUAGGAAUUCAUGAUUUCCCUGAAUCAGGUGGCUAUCACAACCACGAAAACUUUUUUGUUCUAAACAAUAGAAAAUAUUUUCAAGCUGACGAUCUUUUUUAUUUAAAGACAAAAGAAUUAAAAAGUGCCUUAUUAUCUGAAAUAGAACCAAAGAGGGGUGAAAUUCCAAUUGGUACCGAUGCUAAUGCACCAAUUAUUUAUUUCUACGGGUGUGAUGAAGAUGAAGACUUUUAUGAAUUUAAUUAUAAUCUUUGGUCUGAGUCACAGGGCGGUAAGAUACAAUAUAUUUGGAGAUAUACAUGUGGGUCAAUCGAAUAUGCUGAACUUGGUGCUAAUUUAGAUUUAAGUCUUAAAUUAGAUGACCUAGAAGAUAGAAAAACCCUUUUGGAUUUUGUGGCUCAAGAUUCUAAUUUAACACGUAUUUCAAUCACUAAUAAGUAUAACAACGAUAUGAAACUUUUGGAUCUACAGACCGUCUCUUUAAUUUUUGAAGAUUACCAAAUCAACGGAGAUUUUUGGAAAGCAUUUGAUUAUGCAAAAGAUAUAAUUUAUAACUUGCCUUUGAAAACAAACGAUUUGGUGAAUACUAAUAUUGAUCCAUACAUAGAGUUAAUACAGAAGGAGAUGGAAGAAAAUGAAAAAAAAGGGUUAGACUACGGUAUGCUUGGCUGUUACAUAAACGGUAUGCAAUUAAGGUAUAGUGAACUUAAUAUCAACUCUUUUAUCAAAUCUAUCAUACGAGAAUGGGGAUUUAUCAAAAAAUUGAAAAAAACUUGUUCUGAAUCGCUGGCUUUGAAAACUUUUCAGAUUAAGAAUUUAUUAACCACUUAUAGUCUUAUCUCCCUUCCGUAUCUACAAAGUUCGCAGCCCUUGAAGUUUGAUGUUACAGAUAUAAACAACGAGGAUUUGAUUGUUUAUUUCAAUGAUUUGGAGUCAGACCAAAUAUACAAUGAUGUAUUAAGUAAAGAUAUUAUUUCCUUUUUUGAAGAAUCCCCUUAUGGGGAACUUCCUGCCUAUUCUGAAAAUUGGAGUGAAUUAAUUUUCUUAAUUGAUUUCGAUGAUGAAAAUAGCAUUGAUAUUUUAAGGGGAAUGCUAAGAGUAAUUGAAGUAGUUAAAAACGGUUAUCCACAAAGGGUUGGUCUUAUUCCCAUGGGCGAUUGUCGCAUUGUAUCUGAAAUUUAUAGACACAAAAGUGAUGAUCUAGAAGAAUUGAUAGAUUUUUUUCAAAAUAUCCAUGUGAAUAAAAAGAAAUUCUCGGCUAAUACUACACUAUGUGAAGAACUCGAUGUUUUUUUGCAAAAUGUUGCUAUAAAUGGCAAUUCCUUCAUCAUUAAUGGUGAAAUAUACCCCUUUAGACAAAACUCGUGGAAUUAUUUAGUAAACAAGGUUAUUGUCAAGGAUACCACCUUUUUAAGAAAGGAAAUAAAAAGAUAUUUGCACCAAUCCUUGGAUGAAGUAGUAACUGCAAGAAAAUUGCUACAUUCAGACUCUCAACCGUUUAAAAGACGUGAUUUAAAAUAUACGCCCGAUUAUUUUGGCGACUCAACCUACACAACCGAAAACGUGAAAGCAAUAACUGGCUUGCAAGGACGUAUACUUGUAAUCGUACCAAAUUUAGAGUACAACAUUUUGAAUACUUUAACAUUGGUGGAUAAUUUUGAUUCUUGUGAAUCAUGGAAAUUUUUGUGUAACUUUUUAAAUUUAAAGUUGUACGGGAUACGCAUUAGAUUAAUCCAUAACGGAUCCACGAAAUCCAAAUAUUGGAAGCAAUUACUCGACCUGUUUUUUGACGGAGUGCCAUCUAUUGAAACGUUUCAGAAAUCAAUGCCUAAAAUUCGAAAUAUUAAGCGUAGUUACAAAAAUAUUGAAAAUGCUAAUUACAUCAAGAGUAUGAGAAAAUUUUUACCUGAUUUGCCAGAUUCACAAAUAACUGCACAAAGAUUUUUGUUGUUAAAUGGGAAAUAUAUAAAGUUGGAUAUGGACGAAAUCCCAUCCUCGCAAACUAUAAAAAACUUACUAAAAAGGGAGUCCAAAAGAACUUUGAAUGUUAUAAUUGCCCUAGAACAAAUUGUUCCUAACUAUUCUGAAAAUUUAAUCGAACCUGAUUUUGUUGAACAAUUAUCUUCUAUUUUAACCAAGUCCUUUUUUGACGAUUAUUUGAAUCAAAACGGUAUAUACUUCACUAGCGAAUCCAGUCUACCAAGAUUAGCCCUUUCAAAAAUAUUAGGGUUCAAGAAUAAACUAAUGUCUUUUGAAGAAGUCAACUAUCCCACGGUGAAGCCUGUUGAUAUCACAUUGCUUUUAGAUCCGACAGAGGAACGUACUCAAAAAAUGUUAUCACUUGUUUCAAUGGUUCGGAGCUUAUCUUUUGUGAAUGUGCAACUUUAUUUUUUACCAACCAAAGAAUUGCAACUAUAUCCUGUUGAAAGAAUCUAUUACGAUAAUAUAGGAGAAUUCAGUAGUGUUUCCAUAGACAAUGAUAUUUUUGAGGCUAAACUUGAAUAUCUUCUACCAAACUUACAUGUUAUUAAAGAAUUGGAUCUCAAUAUUAUAUCUGAGAUUUGGGUGGAAGCUAAUGUUUAUAAUAUUCCGCCAAACAGAAAUAUUGUUGAAAGCGAUGUAUCAGGUAUGUGUUUAAAUGUUAUAAGAAGGUCUAGCAAUAAAAAUGAUACUGUUAUUAGUCAAUUUAUCAAUAUGCGUACAUUUGGCUACGGAUCUUUUAAACUACCUAUGGAUGCCUAUUAUGAUGAAUAUUAUGUUAAGAGUUGUUCGCCAGAAUACAAGGUAAAAGCCUUUGGUUUAGAUAUUAAAGCAGAUUUUUCUGGUUGGGAUUCUUUUAACCUAAAUGACGUUUUAAAUAAUAAUAAUAGAAUUUAUAUUGAAGUUACAAACGAAACGUAUCCCUCUUUAGGAAAUUCAUUGAGCACCAAUAAUACAAACAAAAUAAAUAUGGUUAUGAACAUUUUUGAUAAGCGUUAUGAAGAUGAAUUUUUCCAAUUUAUGGAAUAUCUACUUCAUCGUAAUAAUCAACAUAUAUACGAUAUUAAAAUUUGGAUUUUGGAUCACCAAGGGAUAUCGGUUGCGUUCAAGUCCAAAUUGUCCCAGUUUAUGAAAGCAAAGGGGCCUAUGUUGUUUGAAUAUGAAUUCGUUUCCUAUCAUUGGCCAUCGUGGAUGAGGCCCGAGAAAUAUUUGCACAGAGAAUUGGAUUUAGCAAGAGUUUUGCUUCUAGAUGUUAUUUUACCAUUAGACAUUGAAGCUUGUAUUUAUAUUGAUAUCAUUAAAAUAAAAAACUGGAAUUUAAUAGAACAGGUGGCGUUGAAUUACGAUAAAAGCUACAGUAAUGCCAGUGGCAUAAUCUACCUGGUACCAUAUCCUGAAAUUGAGUAUGGUUACUGGAAAACUGGCUAUUGGGAAAAGUAUCUAGAUAAGAAUGACUUACUCUUUUAUCAAACUGAUUUUGUGAUGGUGAACAUGACAAAUUUUAGGAAGGCGGAAGCCGGUGAUAAAUUGAGAGUACAUUAUCAAAGGUUGUCUAGUGAUAUAUUUUCUUUAAGGAACGUGGCUCAAGAUUUGAUCAAUAAUAUUCAAUUGCAGGUCCCGAUUACAUCAUUGAAUAAGUUUAGUACCAUGCCCUCAGAGGAGAAAAAUAAGUUAAACGAUUUCCCUACUAAUGAUGAGUUGUGA